GGAGGAGAGCACAAGUGCUCGCUCGACGCCGUUCAGCACACCGACAUCGCCGCCGCGCUUGGCAUCGACGAGUGCGUCGCCGGUCACGCCCACAGCGGCGCGUCGCACUUCAACGCAAACGACGCCAACAUCCAAGGCCUCUCCCUCUGCCCUUGCUCUUUCGCCCAGCGCCUCGGACGCCGCGACUCUGGCGCUCGCCUCGCAGCGCGAGCUGGCGCGCGAGGCCAAGCUGCGUGCCGCAGCCGAGGCUCAGGCGGCGGCUGAGGAGCAACGGCUUGCGAAAGAGCAGCGGGCGCGGGAACGAGCGCAGCGCGAGGCGGAUGAGCGCGGAGAUUACAGCAGGCUGAGUCGAUGCGCGCUGCUGAGCAGGCCAAGAUGCGCGAGGCCGAGGAGCUGGCGCUCAAGAGACAGAGGAUGUGGGCUGCGCAGCGAGAGGAAGAAGCUCGUCUGCGGGACCAGCAGGCUAUUGCAGCCGAGCGCGCGGCCGCACAGCAGGGUCCUCGUCCGCAGGCUCAUCCGCCGCGCUCGUACUCCGCAUUCACGACGCACGACACCAGUGCCAGACUCGUCGUGCCGCGUCGCAAGGCGUCGGAGACCAACACAACUGCUCGCGGUGCGGCUGGCGUAGUGUCACCGCCAGUCUCGCCGCCUCGCGCUGCAGCCAUGGCCUCGCCCACGCGCGCUGCUCAGGUCGCCUCGCCGCUCACGGCCUCGCCGACGCAAGACGCUGCGCAGGUGCCGCGCUUGGAGAUCGACAUCGCGCCUGCUCAGCGCGCCAUGGAGCGCUUCAGCGUCGCGCUCACCGAAGGAGCGCGCUCGAAGCCUCUCGGCAUGUCUACUUCCUCGUCACGCCAGUCGCUGCCCGUCGAGGCGCGCCCUGUGGAUCCUUCCGAAGUCGUCCACGGCAAUGGCUGGAAGUGUCAUGGCGUGGUCGACCCGCGCCUCAUCAAGACGCACCGCCGCUUCGAGAAGGUCGUCGUGCUGCGUCCUCGCAGCCAGCUUGAGGCCGACGCCUCGAGCAGAGCCAAGCGCAAGCAGGCGCGCCAAGCAGCGGGCGCCACACCGCCGCUCAGUGCCGCUGGCUCUGACAUUGCGGCGUCCGAGACGUCGCCUGAGUUGAGCGCACCCGACGAGGAGGAGCUGGUGGAGUGCGUCGAGCAGCGCAUGUACAGCGACUUGGGCGAGCUCAUCUGGACGCGCACGACGCCCGAUGUCAUUGCCCGGCUCGUGAGCCACCUCGACUGCGCCGACGUCAAGGCGCUUCGACAGACCAGCUCUGCGAUCCGUCUGGCACUCGGCCAACUCGCAGGGCGCGAAGUGACGCUGCGCCGCUUCCUUGCGCCCUUUGGCUACCGCACGUGGGACCCUCGGCCCUCUAUGCCGCGCGAAGACCCGAUGCCGAUCAGUCUGGCCGAGUGCGAGGCCUUCCUCAUCUCGUACGACUUGGUACCCGAGUACGCCUCCGUCGGUCGACAGUACGCCGCAAAUCCUCGCAGCAUGGACCCGCAGAUCCCUCGCCUGGCCCGCGCCACGACGCGCGCAUACAACCGAGUGCUGGCUCGUCUGCGCAUGCAGCCGUACUUCAAGGUGCCCGAGCCUCGUCCAGCGACCGUUGCCUUUGCUUCUCCGCAGCACGCCUCAAGCGCCUCAAUGUCCAACUCGCCUCCACAACAGCAGCUCGCGACGCGCAUCUCGCCCGGCGAGGCUGGUGCUCCGGUGCUGCCUUCACCUUGGAAGCCCGGCCGCGCCGCGCUCUUCAGGGUCUGGGUGCCCGCAGCCGACCCGAGCGGCUGGAUGAGCGACGAGGAGCUGGCGCGCUGCGAGCGCCAGAUGUACGAGUGUGGCGUGUGGACCACUGCGCUGCGCCGCGGUGAUGUCGUGUGGAACACGGCCAUCGGCGACCAGGCCAACAUGGGCAAGCAGAUCUUCGACGGUCAAUACCUGCGCGACCUGUCCUUCCUGCACGACCCGGCCGGCCACCUGCCCUCGCACGUCAACUCCCUCACCUACCCGCCUUCGUACUUCCACAACAUCGUCCACUCUUCAACGCCGCACCCCGUCAUCUACAUCGACAUUCUGCCGUGGCGCAACGAGCUGCUGGCGUCGCUGCGGCUCGUGCAGGAUCACAUCGAGAGUGUCUCGCCUCAAGGACGCUACCGCGUUGCGAAGUGGCUCUAUCGCGCAGUGGUCAACGUGACGGGCGGACAGAUCAUCUCGAAUGAAGGCCUGCAGGUCGUCGACGAGGGAUGGCACGGCAAGCUCGUCAUCGAAACGGAAGGCACGUCCGAACACGCCAAGGCGCUCAUCGCUCGCUGUGCGGGUCCCACUGCCUCGCCGGGCGCAAGAGCGGCGCUUCUAGCGAGCGUGAUGGGCGAAGCAGGCCGUCAGAGCACGUUUGCGCCACCCUCGACGCGCGAUGCAAAGGGCGCCACUGUCGAGUCCACCACGCCAUGGGCGAUCAUUCGCGAGCGCUCGCGCCCCGGCCAGAUCUGGAUGCGUCCAGUCUGAGCCCAGCUCCUUCUUCUUCGCCGGACGGCAUGCUCGCCGCCGAGUCUGCAAGAUUUUAUACCCCUCCGCUCUCCGUUACGUCCCCUUUCUCGCGCCAGCCAGUCAUGACCUCCCCUUCCUUGCGAUGCUCCGCUUUUUCC